AUGUCCAUGGGCGGCGUUGAUUGCUUACCAUCAGGUCCGUCUGCUAGUUUGCCAACCUAUUACAUAAAAGAAAAAAUAAAAGCGAAUUUGGUUGAAAGUGGAGCGAGUCCAUUCGCUCCAGAACAUGGCCUAGUGGUCCGUUCCUUCGUCCACCUGUUCCGACUGAUCUCUGAGAGACCGGAGUCACACUUCAUAUUAAAGGCAUCCUUUCUAGAAAUAUAUAAUGAAAAGGUAAUAGAUCUCCUUAACCCGGGCAGUGCUCGGAAACCACUGCAGGUGCGGUGGUCUAAGGAGAGUAGAGGCUUUUACGUAGAAAAUCUGUUUACCGUGGACUGUGAAACCCUUGAUGACUUGUUCGCUGUGUUAGAGGAAGGCAUGCGCAACCGAGCAGUUGGUGCGCACGCGAUGAACGCUCAUUCGUCUCGCUCGCACACGUUACUCUGCGUGCGCGUGCGCAGGGAUCUACGUGAGGACGCCGGCGUCGUCUGCUCCACCCACGGGAAGAUCAAUUUCGUGGACCUCGCCGGUAGUGAGAUGACUAAACGGACUCAUAGCACGGGGAAAACUUUGGAGGAAGCGAAUAAUAUUAACAGGAGUCUUAUGGUGCUUGGUUACUGCAUAGCACAGUUGAGUGACGGCAAGAAACGAGGCCAUAUACCGUACCGGGAUAGCAAGCUCACCAAACUCCUAGCAGACAGUCUUGCGGGGAAUGGAGUCACACUCAUGAUCGCCUGUAUAGCUCCCACGAGAUCAAACUUGAGUGAGACGAUCAACACUCUCCGAUACGCUGCUCGUGCUAAGAAGAUCAAAUCCAAACCUAUAGUUAAAAUGGAUGCGAGAGAUGCUCUCAUUUUGAGUUUGAAGAGGGAGGUGGAAGCUUUGCAAGCUGAGAAUCAACACCUGAGGACUGCACUGCACGUGCAGACGGACUACAAUGUGGAUUCUUAUAGUCAACGCAGAACUCCAACCCAGAUUGAACCAAAUAAACUGUAUCAGCUUCCACAAUCGGAACUGGUAGAAUUAGUACAACUUCAUAUGGAAGAGAAUUCGGCGUUGAGAGCCGAGAACAGCGAAUUGUUUGGAGUGAGGGACUCCUUGCUUAGAGACCAGGAACUGCUCAGCAGAGAGAACGAGAGACUCCUGAAGAAAUUAGAAGACGUUAACUCGUAA